CAGGCGGGAGGGGAGCUCCGAACCCGGCUCGCCAGCAGAGCGCGCCCCGGGGGGCUGACAGCCCCACACCCCGCCAUGCCGCGCCCCCAGAGCCCGCGCCACCUGCCGCCGCCGCCGCCGCUACUGCUGCUGCUGCUGCCGCUGCUGCUCGGGGCAGGAGACCCCCUCCCUGCAGAGGGCCGGCUCAUCAACAGCUGUAUCCAGGCCAGGAGGAAGUGCCUGGCUGAUCCCAUGUGCGGUGCUGCCUACCAGCAUCUGAAUUCCUGCAGGUCUAACAUGAGUACCUCAUUGCUACCAGAGGAGUCUUCUGUCCCGGAGAGCUGCCUGGAAGCAGCACAGCCCCUCAAGAAUAGUUCUCUGAUGAGCUGCAUGUGCCACCGACAGAUGAAGAAUCAAACUUUCUGCCUGGAUAUCUACUGGACCGUCCAUCCCGCCCGCAGCCUUGGUGACUACGAGCUGGAUGUCUCACCGUAUGAAGACACAGUGACCCGAAAGCCCUGGAAAGUAAAUAUGAGCAAACUGAACAUGCUCAAACCAGACUCGGACCCUUGCCUCAAGUUCGCUAUGCUGUGUACCCUGAACUCGAAGUGUGACCGGCUGCGUCGGGCCUAUGGAGAUGCGUGCUCCUGGCCCCACUGCCAGCGUGAUGCUUGCCAGCGCCAGCUGCGCCUCUUCUUUGAGAAGGCGCCCCCUCACCUCGCUGAGGGGCUCCUGCUGUGCCCGUGCCAGCCCACAGACCAGGGCUGCGGCAAGCGCCGGCGCCACACUAUCGCCCCCAGCUGCGCGCUGCCCACUGAGGUCCCCAACUGCCUGGAUCUCCGUAAACUCUGCCUCUUGGAACCUCUGUGCAGGUCACGCCUGGCAGACUUCCAGACCCACUGCCGUCCCAUGGGCAUCUUACGGACCUGCGCGACACAGUCAUCCCGGUGUCUGCGAGCGUACCUGGGACUGAUCGGGACUAUCCUGACCCCCAACUACAUCAGCAGUGUCAACACCAGCGUGGCCUUAAGCUGCACAUGUCGUGGGAGUGGCAACCAGCAGGAGGAGUGUGAGCAGCUGGAGGGGGCCUUUUCCCGCAACCCCUGCCUCAUAAACGCCAUCAGGGAUAAGAUGCGCGUACACAUCCGGCUCUUCUCCCUGAACUGGGUUGACCCUGAGAGUCCAGCGAUGGAGAGCAAGGCUAUCAACCCUGCCGUGAGGCUGCAGCCCUUGCUGCCCUCUCUUUCCUCCUGCAGCCUUCUCUGGACCUUGCUCUGGAGCCUCUGGUAG